AGCCGUUUUCCACUCGAGCGCCCAGGCGCGUCUCACACCUCCCCCUUCCCUGGGGCUGCAGUCGCUGUGGCCGAGCCUCGGCUGGAGCGUGGCGCGCUGGAGUCGUUGUCCUCCCCGCCUGGCUUAGCUCCUCGGCAGCAGCACCACCCAACGCUCUUCUCUCGCCCGGCAUGAUGGGCACGCCGCGCCGCUGGAUGACGACAACCGAGCUCGCGAACACAAACGCCCAGAUCAUUGUCAGUGCCAGGUCCGCCUCGGCCACCCCCCGCGCCCUCGGCGGCGCGCGCCCGAGCACGCCGGGCACGCCGCGCAGCCCCCCGGGCGCGGGCAGCACCUCCAGGUCCUACGCGAGCUCCAGCGCCUCCGCCGGCAGCGCUCGAUCCCUGAGCGGCAUGAUCGCCGCGCGCUGCAUCAUGGGCGAGGCCGGUUGCGACAAGGACUGCACUCUUCAAGAAGUCCGUGUACGACCGCGACGCCAUGGCUCCGGCGCACCGCAGGACGGUCGAGACGGCGCAGGACGUGCAGGCUGCGGGCUGUGGCACGCCGAGCACGCGCGCCUAUUCGGUCAAGGCUCAGGUGCCCGGGAGGCGCUGAGAGAGGGGCCGGCGGCAGCGGCGGGUGCCAGGCGCACGGCGAUGCCGCCUUGGCGCGGUGCGGGAGUUGCGUCUGUCCGCGGGUCUGAUCAUCAUCAUCAUCAUCAAAUGCGAGUCACCCUCCCCGAUUCUCUUGCGUCUCGCCGCCCUUCGCACGUGUUGCCGAUGCUUUAGCUGCUGCUGCGCAGAGCCUGCCUCGCGACGGAGUCCCGGGCCGGCGCGCAGCAGUCCCAUAGUGCCCGCGCUGGCCUCUUGAAGCGAGGGGCCAGUCCGCGGAGGUUUGCCCCAUCUGGGGGCGCGUAUUGGCCUCCUGGUGGUGGGGGAGGGAGGAGGCGUCGCGGACCAUCAGGCGGCGCAUUAGUUGUACGGUUUUGCCGCCCCUUCGUCGCGC